UCCCAUAUUUGCCAUACAUGGAUAUAAUCCUAGUUAAUAUUUGUGGUUUCUUGUUCUCCUUUCUUUUUGCCUAAGUGAGCAGUUAACUCACCGUAGCGUGAUGAUUGAAUCCUUAGGCAGCCAAUUUUUUGUAACUAUUGAUUAUUAUUUUUUCAACCUCUUAUAAAAACAUAGAUAAGAUGUGUUAAAAUCUUGAAACCAAAAAUUUACAGAUUAACAUCAUCUCCAUCAACAAUGGGAAAUGUUCUAAAGCCCCUCACAGAGGAUCCUCUUUCAUUUGCUUACCAUCCUCUCCUCAGCCCACCAUGUUCGUUGGAUAAAGAAAACGAGGAUCUGAGAGUCUUCAGCGUCACGGAACUGAAGAAAGCAACGAACAACUUCAGAAAAGACAGGGUCGUACAUGAAGAGGAUGGCUCUGUUCGAACAUUCUACAAGGGCUCCAUCGAUGACACCACAUCAAGAACUAAAACUAGAAUCUCUGUUUCUGUCAUGGAAUGUUUUCAAGAUAGUUUAGAGGCUAUAGAAGCGUGGAAGGAAGAGGUGAAGUCUCUAGGAAAACAUUCUCAUCCAAACAUAGUAAAAUUUUUGGGUUAUUGUUGUGAAGAUAAAAAAUCACUAUUGGUGUUUGAAUACUUGCACAAAGGAACUUUGGAUCAUCAUUUUCACGGAAAAAAUGAGGUCUUGUCAUGGGCAACACGGGUUAAGAUAGCCAUUGGGAUAGCACAAGGUGUUGCUUUUCUCCACUCAAUCAACAACUCCUCGCUAUAUUUCGAACUCAGAAUGCAUAACAUUAUGCUUGACGAGGAAUACAAUGCAAAACUGUUUUACCUUGAAACAGACAAAACAUGUCUGGAAAAAGAAUUGAGAGUUGUUAGAGGAAUUGAAUACAUGACUCCUGAAAGGCUAAGGACAGGCCGUUUUGAAAUGGAUUCCGAUGUUUUCACAUUUGGUAUGAUCUUGCUUGAACUUUUUACUGGUUUGAAAGGAGCCUUGCUUCCGCCUUUAAUUGCUUUGAGAGAUGGCUCAAAAAAGUUGGAGGAUGAAAGCUUAGAUAUUAGGACUAGACCUUUCUUGUUUAACGACAGAAUUGAUCCUCGACUUGAGCGUGAUUAUCCCGUGACUGCAGCAAUGCAGAUGGGCACACUCAUCCAAAGAUGCACCGAGGACAGGCCUACACGACCGUCCAUGCAACAAGUUUUGGAUGUUCUGAAUCAUAUUGCGGAGAUUCAUUAGUAUAGAUAUGAGUUUAGUUGUUGUUCAAAAAAUAUAUAUUAUGAUUUUAGUUUUUCAGUUGUAAACUCUCUUAAAAGAGAUUCGUAGCAUAUGCUAAAAUAUGGUUUACCGAUUUACGAUUUUGCAAAAUAAUGUAUACAAAAUCUUGAAAGUAUAUGCUAAUAAAUAUGGUUUGGUAUUUUUCUUUCUGAAAAAUAUAUAUAUCAGAUGAGGCAGUAGAAGCAUUCUUAGCUUUUAAGUUAAUUCCGUGACUGUUUGAUCAUUCCUCAAGAAAAUGAAAACGACAGGCAAUGAGUCAAGAACAUAUUAAAAUGGAGUAAACGCGUUUUUGUUAUCGUUCACGUGAGUCUCAGCAUUAUUACUUGAAAAUAGAUCAUAUAGUGUGGUUGCUUAUUUUUCUUUCUCUUGCCUAAAUGAGCAAAUAGAGUUUGUGCCAAAGUGUAGUUAUUAAUUAAAAUGGAUAAACAUAGUGUGGUAGGCUGGUAGCUUGUUUUUCUUUGUCUUUGUCUUUUAACCUCUUUAUAAACACCCAAAAAUAAUGUGUUAAAGAAUCUGAAAACUACAAAAUCUACAGAUUACCCUCAACGAUGGGAAACGGUUUAAAAUCUUGUAAACAAAAACAUACUUCGUCUCUCCUCAAUACUCCUUUGUUGGAGGAGGAGGAAGAAGUCGAAAAUCUCAGAAUCUUCAGUGUCGAGGAACUGAAGAAAGCAACGAAGGAAUUCAAAAAAGAGAGGGUCGUAGAAGGGGAGGAUACCUACGUUCAAACAUUCUACAAGGGUUACAUCGAUGAAACCACAUCAAAACUUCCUGUUUCUGUCAUGGAAGGUCUUGUAUAUAGUCAAAAGAGUCUAGAAGAUUGGAAGAUAAGCAAAGUCUGUCCACUUUUCUUACACUUGGUUUGUUUUAUAUACAUGUUGUGUUACUACUUAUUGUGGGCAAAUAAAUCUAUGAGUUGCAGGAAGAAGCUGAGUCGCUAGGAGAUAUUUCUCAUCCCAACUUGGUCAAACUCUUGGGUUACUGUUGUGAAGAUAACAGACCACUCUUGGUUUUCGAGUACUUGCAAAAUGAAAGUUUGGAGCAUCACAUUUACCAAAAAGAGGAGGCACUACGGUGGGGAACACGAGUUAAGAUAGCCAGUGGAAUAGCACAAGGUGUUGCAUUUAUCCACUCGAUCAAGAACAGCCCAUUAAAUCAAGAAUUCAGAUUGCAUAACAUUUUGCUUGACGAGCAAUACAAUGCAAAAUUGUUAUACCUUGACUCAAAAAAGCAAAGUUGGCCAGAAGAUUGGACAUUUGCGGAAACUAUCUACAAGUCUCCUGAAAAUAUGUUUGCAGAUAUUUUGGGAAUGGAGACCGAUGUAUACAUAUUUGGUGUAAUCUUGCUUGAACUCUUUACUGUGGUUCAAAAGAGAUACUAACAAGUCUGAACCACUUCAGAACUACAUCAUUCUUGUUUACGGAAUUAAUUGACCCCAGACUUGGGAGUGACUAUCCUGUGACUGCAGCCACAAAUAUGGGCACACUCAUCCGAAUAUGCACCGUGGGUGACUGGAAGAAACGACCGUUAAUGCAACAAAUUGCGGAUGUUCUUAAUUCUGUAAUGUUUAGAGGUACUUAAUAUCUGAUUAAAAGAGUUGAGAGUUUACUUGACAUUGAAGAUGAAUACAAACAAAGAAGCAUGUUUUGUUA